AUGGAAGCCAUUGAUUUGCGCCAUCAUUUGAACACUCUGUCUGUGUCCCGAGCACCCAGUCCCUUGAAGGAUAUCAUGUCGUAUAUGGCUAUCGAUGGAAUGGUUAGCUUAGCGGGAGGUCUUCCUCACCCUUCUCUAUUCCCUUUCGUCGAUCUGGAGGCCAACGUGUAUUCCUCUAACGUCGAUUUGCACUCUAUCACUUCGCGGGAACUGAUACACUUGACUAUCCGCAAAGAUGACAGGAAUGACGGCCAAGUGUUGGACCUAUCGACUAGCCUGCAAUAUUCCUCGUGUACUGGACUUCCAUGGCUACUCAAUUAUACGCGCGAGUUGACACGAACCGUGUUUCGUCCUGCUUACAAAAAUUUUGAAGUGUUAUUGAACGAGGGCAGUACGGCUGCUUGGAAUAAAGUGGUGAACCUUCUCUGCGAGAUGGGAGACUUCAUAUUCGUAGAGAAGCAGACAUACCCUUCGGCGCAGGCCCUGUGGAUACCGAUGGGAUGCCAUGGUGUUCCAAUCGAGAUGGAUGCUGAAGGUAUGCGCUCCGAUGCAUUGGAAAAUGCGCUCUGCACGUGGGAUUCGGAUCAUCCAGGUGUCAAACGGUCUCAUGUUCUUUAUACUGUUCCUACGGGGCAUAACCCUACAGGUUGUACCAUGUCCGCUCGUCGUAAACAGGAGAUCUAUGCUCUCUGUGUGAAAUAUGAUAUUAUAAUUGUGGAAGAUGACCCCUAUUAUUUUCUCCAAUUCGACGAAUACAAUAUCAAAGCCGAAAAGCAAAAUAGCCACGCCUUCGCUCCUUCUUACGAUGAAUCGACGUUCCUUAGCUCGCUGGAACACACGUUCCUCAGUUUUGAUACUGAAGGACGGGUAAUCCGCCUAGACACUUUUAGUAAAACGCUGGCACCCGGAAACCGCGUCGGGUGGUUCACAUGUAAUCCUGUUUUCUCGGAACGGUUGCUUCGAGCGACUGAGGUGGUAAGUCAGGCACCCUCAGGAUGGAGUCAGGCAAUCCUAUCAGAGCUGUUACGGUCUUGGGGCAUCAGCGGCUACUUGAAGUGGCUUUCGGGGUUAAAGCGUGAGUAUGCAGUACGUAGGAAUUGGAUAUGCGAUAUCAUUGGCGAGACAUUCGAUGUCAAAACGGGGACGAGUGAUGAAGGACUAGUGGUCUACGGCAAGGGCACAAAGGUCAGGCUGUUCAGUUUCGUCCCUCCGCGUGCCGGGAUGUUUUUGUGGUGUAAGUUGUAUCUGGAAGAAAACAAGGAAUUCCUGGCUCUUAAGGCCCAAGCCGGCGACGUGGAUCCCGAAGCUGCUUUUGAAAAGAAACUGUGGCGGGAGCUGGCUCACGAAAAGGUUUUGCUCACGCCAGGGUCGUACUACACCCCGUGGCAAGGCAAGGAGAAGUCGUCAAUCGCAUCCUCCGGUAGAGAGCACGGCGUAAUCUUCUUUCGGAUGGCCUUUUCGAUGACCACGGCAAAUGAUAUGACACUAGGAAUUCAAAGAAUGGCUCGAGUUCUAUGUCGUUCUUGGGGUCUUGCAUAG